GACAUCCAGAAGAGCCUAGAGCAGAGAAGGCAGAAGGCACUGUCCCCCUGCUUGUGCAGGCUACAUUCUACCCCUCCAAGGAAGCCACAGGCGGCACCAGAAUCAGGAUGAACAUCGAGGUUGGGAAUGUGUCUUACACGGGAGCCGUCAUCUCCUGGUCAUCCUCGGAGCCCUGCCUGGAGGACUACUACCACAUAAUGUAUAGGCCUAACUGGAACAGCAUCUUCUCUAGUUAUCUUCGCUAUAGCUUCCACCACGAAGAGAAGGUGCCUCGUACGAUCAGCUCAGUGGUGCUGGAACACCUGGCUCCAUCCACACUCUACUUCCUGUGCAUCAGCUGUAAGAAGGCCCUCUUCCCUUACAGGCACUACUGCACCAUGUUCCAUACUCUGGAUAAGAGCCCACUGGCACCCGGGAGCUCUCUGGUGGACCCCCAGAUCUCCCUGUGGGUGCUGAUGGCCAUCCUGCUGGCCUGCUUCAUGGCCGUGCUGGCCUUCAUCUGCCUCCAGUUCUGGUGCAUCCGAUGCCACGAGCCCCGUUGGUCCUACCGGGCCGGCAACAUAGAGGAAGCCAACGGGCUGGUGAGGUGGCCUGAGGAGGCCCAGGCUCUGGGCCCAAGGGAAGACGAUCUGCAGGGGCUCCCUCUGGUGGAGCUGCAGCGCAAGAAGCCUGACGCUAUGGCAGAAGGGGACAGGGUGCUGGAAGCAGGAGCUGAGCAGGAGUCCCUCAAUGUGGGUGCCUUACCUGGGGAGGGGAGGGACCAGCGAGCUAUGCUGCCUCUUCUAGGGGAGUGAGAAGUGGGUGGUGUAGCGAGGAAGAUACCAACCGCUUUCCCAAGUGCUUCCUGUCGGCAAUUCCCUGAAGUUUAUGGGGCACCAAAUCCCAGUUUUGCCUCCCCACCCUAGUAGCUCUUUUGCAUAAAUGUGUAUAGACCCUUAAACCACCUCUUUCUCCCCUUAGUAUCUGUGUGCAUGGGGCUGGAUGAUGCACAGGACAAGAGUUUCUCAGCCUGGAAAACGCCCUCUGUGUUGUUUAUAAACUGGGAAUCAUCUUCUCUGAAAGUCCACUUGGUGGGGACCCAGUUAGUUAUGUACUAAAAACUUGAUUUUAAUAUCAAGUCAGACCUGAAUAUGUUAAGGCACAGAACAUGAAGCAUGCACGACUCAAAUGAAAAGCAGUAACUGGACAAAAUUUGGGGGUUGGUGAUGGACUUUCCGUUGGAUGAGGCCUCUGAGGGCCAGUGCCCUUUGCAUUUAAGGGAGUGGUUCUGAAAGGGGACUAGAAGCUUUGUUCUUCAGUGUUCUCUAACCUUCACACAGUUGCAUGCCACCUAACUCCCCCACUUCAUUUUGUUUUUAAGUGGGGCCAGAAUUAGUCAUUUUCACCCAACCCCCCACCAAAAAACAAACAAACAAACAAAAAAACAACCCAUCCCAGUGAUUUUGUUGUUUUUGACAUGUCAUCUUUCAGUGGCAUUAUCUAUCCUCUGGUACAAAGCCCAGAGUGAGUGACUCUCCUGAACUAGGCGUGGUGUGGGGGUAGCUUUUGGGGGUGCCACCUUGCCCCUAACAUAGCGAUGGGGCCUGGAAUGGAAGAAGAGCAGAGACGAUGCCUAUUGUAUCCAUAGCAUGCAGAACCUGGGUGCUCAGUUACUGGCUGAUGGGGUUUUGUUAGAGUGAGGAACUGAGUCUGAACAAUGCAGCAGGGACAGAAGCCAAGCUCAUGCUGGAGACUUCCUUCAAAUCUCCACCUUUUCAUCUGCUUCCUGUCUGGAGAUCCUUUCAAUUGACAGGGUACAAAUCCCAGAUACACAGUAUGAUGCCAUAUGAAGAAACUGGCAAAGCCAAGCAGUCCCUCUCCCCCAUACCUACCUCCCGCUCCCCUCAGUGAGCCCUCCCCACUCAGCCCUUGACUGCAUGCCCAACCCCUACUAGCUGUGACAAUA